CGCAGUGAAUUGAAUUGUAAUUUUUUUCAUUGUUGACAUUGAUUUUUGUUUUCAAACUGCGGAUUAUCAUGGUGUCUUACCUGGUGGAUUUGGUUCGUUCGCACUUGAUGCUGCGGAGGGUGCGCCGCUAUGUUCAUAAGAGACAAAAAUACUUGGAAGACAGGCAACACAACGAACACUUUUGGGAAAAUAAUCGGUCAAUAUGGACCACAAUCUGGCUAAGGUGGAAGUGCCUGCAAAACGCCCUACUCUGGAUGAUCCUCAGGUCUCUUUUUGGGUUCAUAGGUGGCGUAGUGCUGGUGUUGGUGUUGUUGCUUUCGCUGAGCGUGCAGGUGCAGAUGAGUCCUAUGAAGGUGGCAGUCCUAAUGUCGGUGCUGUCACCCUUGCUCACCCUGGGACUGGCCUUCUCAUCCCAGGUACGAUGCGUCGUGCUCCUGCUACUGCCCCAGCUGGCGUCCAAGAGGGGCAGACACGCUCUGGUGGCAUUCGCCUUCAUACUGGCCAUCAACGGGCCCGCAGCAAACACAAUCCACAACAUGCAUGAAACUGCACACUCGCUCACUUGCACUUUGAAACUUGCAGGAAUAGGCUUUAGAAAACUGGCAAACAUCGUAGAGCGGCCUUUAGAAAGAGCGAAAAUGAUGGUUGACAAGGCACUGACCACCAUAAAAUUAUCAGUGAGUGAAUUGAGAAGCACGCUUGUUGGAUUUCAAAAAGCUAUUUCAGCCAUAGGUAGCAUGUUCAAGGCGUCGCUGAAUUGGUUGACAAACGUAAAGGAAAUGUGCGACCAGGAGUUCGGAACUCCAAUGGAGCGCUGCUUCCGGCUCAUCGAGAAAUCUUCAAAGAAAUGUUCUGACUCUUUCGGUCCAAACUUUUCGUGGCUGUGCAGCGUAUCUUACGCCGGAUCGCUUGCAUGCAGCACUCUGUCGAGCACGACCGCCGUUUGCGUCGCUGCAGAUCCCUUUGCCGAAGCCGUCGACAACACCGCCAAAGAAAGUAAUGAGCGAGCGCCUGCAGAUGUGAGAGGCAGGCAACCUGCUCCACGCGCAAGCGGCGCAGGGUGUGUGCCCUCAGAAAAGAAAAGUUUCUAACAGAAAUGCUCGGAACUUUCAGUGCGGGACGAUUUUAGGAAAGAAAUCGAUGCAAUUUUCUACGUGGAUGUGCAUUUUGAGCAAGAUUUCACAUCUGACUUUGAAACGGAUAACAAAACCUCGAGGUCGAUGCUGCAAGAGAUGAAGGCUGAGUUGGAGGGAAUUUACUACCCCUUUGUUUUCCUCUACAAACUUGCUGGUGGUCUCCUCGGCCUCACUUGGAUAAUUAUUUUCUAUAAAGCAUUCAAGUACCACAUGAAAUUCAAGACUAAUGACAGAUUUGACAAUUAUUACGUGACGAGAGAAAUGAGAGAAAUUGACCUGGCAAGAAUCAAGCAGGGCAAGGAGCCGAUUUUGCCUUUGACAAGCUCGGAAAAAAGGCUGUACUGCAGACCUGGAAAAUUACGCCUGUUACGCAGCGAGCGGAAGCGACUUUUCCAUUCACUCGUUUUCCUCUUUUUGGCCACGCUUAACAUAAUUUACUACCUUGGCUGCGAUUACUCUCUUUUUUGGAUUCUCGAUGUCAUCAAGAGAGACACAAUUCUCCCCGACACACCACCAGAACGACCCCAAGUCAAGCUGCAGGUGGGCGGAGAGGGCUUGAUUCCCGACAUGUACAGGAACCUGUCCGAAUCUUUCAGUUCGCGCGAGGACAUCUCCUUUGAUCUGCACCCCUCAAUGUGUCUGCCCCGUCCAAAGCAGCCGGACAUGGUGCUCUACUUGCGGAUUGGCAGCGUUUUGUUGUUGGCGUGGUUUUUCGCCUUGCUGGAGCCGUUCGUCCUGCGACUGCGGCCUCACGUGCUUAGCCUGUACUACCCUGAGAGGGCACGCGCACGUGCCACCUGGCUCAGUUCACAUAUUCUCAGGGAGCGCGGCGGCUUUUUCAGGGACAUCGGCCGCCUCGCAGGUGUCAUGAAGAACGCAGAGCCACUGAAUAAGCGAGGACUAGUUGAAAAAUUGAAAGACAGAUUUUGGUUGGCUAGACUAUUUUUCGGAGGUGCAGUACAGUCAUGCUGCGUGGUUUGCGCGACCGCUGCCGACAAAUUACUUGAAUGCGAAGCCUUGGGCUGCAACGCAAUUUAUUGCGAAGAGUGCUUCCACGAGAGGAGGAACGUGUGCAUUGUUUGCGAGGAGAAUCUGGUUCAACCUGAAAUUCCUGGCUUAAUACUCGAACGAUACUCUGGCGAUGAGGAAGUGGAAAAGGAGGAAAGUGAAACGACCCGAGCAGAAGCCUCGACGAGUUCAAAGCCUCACCAGGUUGUUGAGGUGGAGGAGGACGAACCACGAUUGAACUUCGCUCUUAAUUUCAUGACAGCAAUUCAAGAUUCAAUGAGAGCUCUUCUCUUUCUCGUGCCACGCUGGCCUUUGUAAUGAUAUGGUUUAGAUGGAAAACCCGGAAAACUUUAAUCAUAUCUUCCAAGCAAACAAUAAUAAUUCCAUCCUAGCGGCGGGUGAAAUGACAAUUUUCUUAUUUAGAAAAUGUAUGUUUAUUUUCGAACAAUGCAAAAUAUCAGCAGGUGCUCGCUCAGCUGCUAUAUUAAUAACAAAAAAGUCCAUGUGUCUUCACAAAAAUAUUGUUGCAGAAAAUACGAAACAGAUUAACCACAGUAAAAAUAGAAGCAUUUUUUAAACUUGAAUUUCGAAAAAUUUCUUGAUGAAUUUCAAUUCCUCUCGUCUAGAUAUAUGGUGUUUGAAACUUUGUAGAGAAACUCUUUGUUGAGAAUUUAAAUAAUAUUUGAUGUAGGGAGACAGCCCUCCCCAUUUUUUGAAAAGUAUGCUAUCUUUGCAGUUACUGUUACAAAUUUACAGCGUUACCUUGGACAAUUUUGGCUUUAACUCAAUCCUUACAGAAUUUAGUUUUUGCAUUGGUAUCAAGGAUUUUCCGGGUCUUCUUGAAAUAAAUUUGAAAUUAUAUCAACUCGGUCGAUAAGUCAGGGUGGCAGCAGAUAAUCACGAGCGGAAUUUCAACAUUGGAUGAAUUGCUGCAAUCGUGAUUGGAAGCACGCAGCUCAGUGCUCGUGUCAAAGGUUAUCACUGCAAUGAAAGGCGUGGAGCAAAAAUGUGACGUCUGCAGUUGCCAAGUUGAAGUAGCAGUCUCGAUUAUUACAUUGUUUUUUUCCUCCUCUAUAUUCUUUGGCAGCAGUGGCGAUUAGAAGAGCCAGAGAUGCAUCCGUUAAUCACUUUCUUGCUCAAUAGAUGCGGUCAUAAAUGCUAUUCCUAUCCGCAACUGUUUGUCAGAGGCACUUUACUUGACAGACAGGUUGGCUGAAUCUAAUUAUUGUGAGGAUACACGCUACUGGAAUGCCGCACAACAUAAUGAAUAUAAGCAAGGACUUUUAAUGCAAGGUUUUAAUUUGUUGCGGUUGCUCAUACUAGCGAGUCGGAAAUAUAAAUUUAAAAAUACAUAUAUUUAAGAAUAUUUUAUUUUUAGAAUUUUUGUAGAUGAGAGUGUAACAUAAAUAUACAAUAUUAUUCAUUUUAAAAUUUGAGGUUUCGAUUUAUACCACAAUAACACUCACAUUCAUGGCAUUUCUAUGUCAGUUUCCAGUCACUAUAGGGAUCGAAGGGUGACGGAGUUCAACGUCUAGCGACUUAUCUAGACCAGUCAAAUACUAAUUUGAUAGUAAGUUAAAUUGCUCAAAGAGAAUUGAUACUGGAAAAUUCUGGAAAAUUCUUGUUACCAACGCAUAUUUUGAUCCCUAAGAAUCCAGUUCGAGCUAAAAUUGACUGUCAAUUUUUAAGAAAAGUGGCUGGAAAGUUAGCAUGCUUUUCAAAUGGAGAGGAUUGUCUCCCUACUUGAAAUCUUAUAAUAUUUCUCAACAAAGAGUUUCUCUAGAGAGUUUCAAACCACAUUAGAUAUAUCUCGCCGAGAGGAAUCGAAACCUGGUAAGAAAAUGUAAUCAAGCGCUGUAAAUUCUAAUUGGUAAAAUUUUAAAAUGCAAUUCGUCGUGGUAGCGGAGAAAUUGCGCAUGAGUUUUUGGUUCGCCCGGCGAAAUUGCGCAUAGGUUCUUGGUAAACCCGGUGAAAUUGCGCAUUUGAAAAAUAUUAAAUUUUACAGGGGAGGGAGAAAACUGUUUCCGCGCCACAGGUUUUGGAGUACAAAAGAGCUAUCAAUGAAAUUAAAUGCCUAUUUUAUAGCUUUAAAAAAUGGUUUAAAUUAUUUUUUAUCAAUGCGCGAUAUAAAGACCAUAAACGGCCUUGUUUAACGAACGUGCCCGAAAGAUAUGCAUGGUUUUUGUAAGAAUUUUUAUUCUACCUACAAAUAUUAUGAAAUCUGGUUUUAAAAUUAUGGUGCUGCUUUUGCCUUGGAUGGUUGGGAAUAUAUUUCUUUAAUAUUUCUGCCACUCAUAAUAAUUUAAAACCAAAAUUAUGUCGAUAACAAUAAAUCACAAGAAAAAAACGUUUCAACUUUCAACACCUUAGCACGGCGUAGACGAGUAAUUGUCUUCUUCAAACCAAUUUUGUUAUUUAAUUCAUUUCAAGACGAGUCAAACGGUGCGUAUUUCUUGUAAAUAGGACCACCACAACCUGAGAUUUUGGUGCUUAUAUCAAGCAUUUUAUUGCGUCCAUCUCGAUAAAAAAAACUUUGUGGCACCAGAAUCUAGGGUUUUAGUGGUCCUAUUUACAAUAAAUACGCACCGUUUGACUCGUCUUGAAAUGAAUUAAGUAACUAAAUUGGUUUCAAGAGGACAAUUAAUCGUCAACGUCGUGCUUAAGGUGUUAAAACGGACGAAAAAUGCUAAA